GUCACAUCAGGAAGUGGAGCUUAGCGUGAAACGUAGACAUGUUUUGAGGUGAAGUGGAUUUCCCCACAUCUAUCCGUGCAGGGAAACUACAACCAUGUAUCGACUGUUGUUUAAGCUUUUCAGUUUCUUUGAUUAGCUCUGAGGUGGGCAGCUAAACCCAGUCACCUGAAGAACUGCUUGGUGCCAGAUUGACCCAUUUUUACCUUUAAAGUGGUAACAAUGUCUCUGGAUUCGCAUGACAACUCACUGAACAUAAAUUUUCUGAAGGAGUCUGUGUUGAAAAGGCUCUGUGAGUGUCUUGAUAAAGCCAACAGUAAAGGAUGGCGAAAGCUUGGUGAGACUGUCAACAGUGACCGUCGCUUCAAAGUGAGUUUAGAUGAUAUGGAGAUGUGCUCUCUGAAGGUGCUGGAGGUGGAGGGCAGCCCCUCCCGCAGCCUGCUGAGACUCAUGGGAGAUCGAGGCUGUACGCUGGGUAACCUGGUGGAGUUUCUCAAGAUGAUGGGACACAGUGAAGCCAUUCAGUGCCUUAAAUCAGGGAUUCAAAUCCUCGUACAGCCUCAGUCUGUGGCUGUGAUCACUGGACAAAGCAUUCGCCUCAGCUGCUAUGCUGCUGGAACCUCCACUGUACAGUACCAGUGGUUCAAGGCAAAAGAAGAGGUUCCUGGAAGUACCUCACCGGACCUCAUAAUGAGUCCUGUCCAGCUCCGAGAUACUGGCUUCUAUAUCUGUAGGGUGAACUGCGGUGAAUCCUUUGAGUUUAGCCAUUGGGCUCAGGUGGACGUGCUUGAUGUUAUGCCAACAUAUGGGUUGAUGUCUCUUCCUUCUGAGGGACGCCUGAGGGUUGUGAUUCAGCCUAAGCCACAGUCCCUGCUGGUUGGAGAUACUCUAUAUCUGGAAUGUGGGGCUGUGGGAAGACCUCUGCCGCACUACCAGUGGUACAGAAAUGGGGUUCCAGUUAAGAAUGCCACCAAGAGAAAGUUCAGUAUCUCGUAUUUGUCACUGGAGCACCAGGGAAGAUACCGCUGUGAAAUCUGCUGCAACAACGAGCGAACGUGGAGUAAUGAAAUAGAUGUCCUCGUAGGGCCAAGGACAACCUUCCAGUUUUCAGGGGCAACAGAAUGUUCUGAAGAUGACUUUAUUGCCUUUGGACCAAUGAACAGUCUCGAAAAGCCUUAUGCCACAGACAAAGUGGCCCUCCUCAUUGGGAACAUGUCCUAUCAGAACCAUCCUCAGCUGAAGGCACCUAUGGUGGACGUGUACGACCUCACCAACCUGCUUCGCCAGCUGAACUUUAAAGUGGUUUCCCUGCUGGACCUGACUGAGUCAGAGAUGCGCAAUGCAGUGGAGGAGUUCCUCUCCCUGCUGCACAAAGGCGUUUAUGGCUUGCUGUACUAUGCUGGACAUGGUUAUGAGAACUUUGGGAACAGCUUCAUGGUGCCUGUUGAUGCCCCAAACCCCUACCGCUCUGCCAACUGCUUAUGUGUGCAGAGCAUUCUGAAACUGAUGCAAGAAAAGGAGACCGGUCUCAAUGUCUUCCUGUUGGAUAUGUGCAGGAAAAGAAACUUUCAUGAUAAGGACAUGCCAAAUGUCAUGCUGAAAGUCACAGCCAACAUCGUGUUUGGAUAUGCCACGUGUCAAGAUGCUGAAGCUUUUGAGUUGAGCUCGAGUGGACUCACCAAUGGCGUGUUCAUCAAAUUUCUGAAAGGGCGCCUCCUGGAGGAUGAAAAGAUUACUGUGCUCCUGGACAGAGUGGCCGAAGAUAUGGGCCAGUUUGACCCAACUAAAGGGAAGCAGGCUCUUGAGAUCCGCAGCAGCCUGUCAGAAAGACGCUCCCUGACUGACCCCAUCUUGCCUGGAGACUGCUCAGACGUGGCCCAGGCACACAGCCUGCUCUGGGCUAAAGCACAUGAACUACCAGAGAGCAUGACACUGGACUUCGACUGUGGCGUGCAGAUAAAGAUGGGCUUUGCAGCCGAGUUCUCCAACGUGCUGGUCAUUUACACUAGCAUUGUGAAAAAGCCAGAGGAGAUGUCCUCCUGCCAAGCUCACCUCAUUAACCUCUCAGAUCUGGACCCUAAACUGAUGAAUAAAGAGACCCCAGAAGAGACAGGGAGUUACCUGCUCUCAGGCAGUCUCCCCCAGCACUGCCUGUACACCAGACUAAGCUCCCUGCAGAAGCUCAAGGAGAAGCUGGUUUUCACCGUGUGUCUGCAGGCCGAAUUCACAUCUCUGGAUGAGCAAGUCCAGUGGACCAAGGAGGUGGACAUCGGGAAACCCCUUAUAGCCAAGCUGGACCUCCACCGGCCCACCAGGAGGAACAGCUGCCAGCAGACAUGCCACAUGCCCCACAGCCCCUGCACCAGCCCCAUCCCCAGCCCAGGAGCUGAGCGGCUACUGCUACAGCAGAUCCCCUGUUUCCACCCACAGCACAGCAACCCCUACCUCAACGUCUAUGAGCCCUUGCAUGGCGCUGCUGGGGGCUAUGGGAACUCUCUGCAUGGUGAUUAUGCGUAUCACUAUGAGGAUACUCCUUAUUCUCCUUACAUGCCCUUACCUAGUGUGCCCAUUGAAACCACUGAUGACAUCGAAGAUGUGCAGAAUAAAUUCAUGAAUAGCUUACAUCUAUACAAUCAGCCUUGAAUAUGUAAUCAGGCACUGGGACUGACAGACAGAACAUUACGAUUCCCAAGCAAUAUCUGGAAAAACGUUACGUCCUUUAGAUGAAAUUUAGAUUAUUUUAGGUUAUUCAGAGAUCACAACCAUUUUUUCAACUGUGAAGAUACUUUUGCACAGAAAACAGGGAUUAUUACAGUAUACAGUAGUUAUAUGGUGUAUUGUUGUUAAUAAUUUAUAAUUCCUAGGACUUCACAGUCCUCACUUAUGUCGUUGUAUUACCUCCAUAUAUAUAAUACAAUUAAAAAAAUGUAGUAUAUUAAAUUAAAAGUUUGGAAGGAGGACCAUGCCAGAAGCUCCCCGUACUCUACCUUCUAUUUACCAUGACAGAGCACCACCUCCUCAUCUCCUUUCCUGUUCCUCAGUCCUACCUGGGUUCAUCGAGGGGCUUUCUAGUUUAAAGCAGAAUCAUACAGUCUUUUCACAUACCACCAUAUGUUAAAGCCAUGGUAUGAACUCGCAAAAUAAACAUAUUCAAAAUGAAUAUGUGAUGCAUUUUAAUAAAGUAUUAAUGAGUAUUAAAGUGUAUUUUCAAGAUGAUUAUAAAGAAGCAGAUUUUUCACCAAAAAACUUUAUUUUGAAAACAAAAACAAAAAGUAUGAAGAUUAAAGCUGAACAUUACUCUAUAUUAAGUUAACAUUCUUUUUAAAAAUCAUAGGCCAUGGUUCUUGUGUUCUCCGAACGCUUACAUGAUCCACAGAUUAUGUGUAUGGAUAAACAGACUACUGAUGAUUUCUGUGACACAUAUAUUUGUUUUCAAAUUGCAGUGUUUUAGGACAUUUACAGUAAAAGUACCAGUAACAUGGUUCUUUACAUCACAGUGCACUUUUCCUCAGCCUUGGAUUUAAUCUCCACCAGCGUGGCCUGAGCCUUCUCUUUGAUCUGCUCCAUGUCCAUAUUUUGAAUGUUCUGCAUUUGACCCAAAAUGGACUGAUCUUCUUCCUCCUGUGGAGCAUUUUCAUCCACCAUCUUUACCAGUUCCUCAGGCACAUCGAUGUCAUCUCCUGCCUGCUGGAUCAUGAUCUCAUCCUGCUCACUCUACAAAGAGUCAAAAAUAAAGCAAAUGACAGCUGA